AUGCUGCCAUAAUACAGAGAUUAAGCAUAAAAUUAAUCAAGUUCAGAUUCAAACACUCUAGGACAAUAGCAGCAGGCCAAUAACAACUACAAGUUGACUAAGAAAUACAUUAAGCACUAUAUCUUCAAGAUGGUUAGGCCAAAGCAAAUGGAUUUCGAUUUAGCCCUGUUUUUAAUGAUAAACUCACUUAAAUCUCCAGCUAAACUUUAUCAAUACACGAAAAGACUUAAACAAAUUAGAAACCAGUGGCAUAGAGAUGACCCAUGUCUAGUCAGUUCAAUUAUUGUCAUUCUCUUUAUAAUUGGUAUUACAUAUGGAAUAGUGCUACAGAAAGAUUUCGUAACUGGAUAUUUAUAAAUUGCGAUGAAAAUGAUUUUAUUACACUUUGCUUUGAGUGGAGUAAUAAUAUCAUUUGGCUGUAAAUUUAUUGCAGAGAGAUAUAUGAGAAAAGAGGAUAAAUAAUCAGUUCAUGCAGCUAUUAAUUCUAUUGAGCCUAUGUAUGCCUUUGAUAUUCAUUGCAACUCCUUUUUUCCUUUCUUUGUGUUUGCUUACCUGUUCUAGUUAUUACUGUUACCAUUAACAAACAGAGAAGGGAUAAUACCUUUGAUAUGUUCAAACACCUUACAUUUCAUAGCAGCUGCUUACUAUUGGUUUUUGACAUUUAGAGGCUAUGCUGUUUAAGCUAUAAUCAAUAAUUUCAAAAUGUCAUUUUAUAAUGAUCCUCGUUACUUCUAAAAGUUUUCUCAGGAACUCAAAUCAACAGUACGCUAGAAUACAGGAUACAAAGGAGGAGAAGAACUUAAACUUGCUUUUGACUAUUUUAGAGAUCAAACAAAUAUUGCUACACUUGAGUCUAUGAGAUUAAACAAUAAGGAUUCAAUUGACAGUCAAAAUGUGAAAUUAAAAGUAGAUGAAGUUGUAAAUGGUUUCAGGGCCUUUGGAUUUUCAGAUGAAGCAAUACAACUUAAUGCAUUCUUAAAAGGUGUCGGAGAGUUCGUUAAGAAUAAUAAAGGUUAAGAGGAGUGUGUUUUUACUCCUUUUUAAAUGUUAUAAUACUAGUAAAUAAUUUAAAAGAAGAACUACAUGCAAGAUUAGGAAUUCAUUAAAAUAUUUUUCAAGUCAAUUUCAAGUGAUGGAAGAGUUGUAACAAUAGAAGAUAUGAGAAGAAUGCUCAGAGAAUUGAGAUAAGAUGAAACUAAAGCUGAGGAGUAUGUCGAGAGAACUGCUGGGUUAAGCAAAGCUAAGUAGUUCAGUUUAGAUCAGAUAACAGAAGUAAUCAGAGGUAAAAUGGUGCCUCAAUCCUAUACUCAAAAGAAGUAAAAGGAACUUGAAAUAUAAAAGUAAAUUGCUUCACUAAAUUAAAUAUACUAUAGAUAAAAGGAGCUUAUCCAAAAAUAAGAGGAGAUGGAGAAACAAUAAUAAGUUGAGUUAAUUGGAUAAAGAAAAGUUAAGAAGAGUGAGGGUUCAAGGUCUAGGAAGUCACGCAGCAAAAAGAGAAGACAAUAGCAAGACGAUCAAGACUUUAAUGAAGAAGGAGAUAACUUUGAAGUCUAGGACGAUCUUCAAGAUAGUUCUAGAAAACCAAAUGAUCUUAGACAGCGUAGAAAUUUAGCAUGA